AUGGAUCCUAUUCUCCAAGGACUCAAUGAACCACAACAAGAUGCAGUUACCUCGCCAUCUAAUGUCUUACAAAUCCUGGCUCCGCCGGGAAGCGGCAAAACAAAGACACUCACAUCACGGGUGGCUUACCUCCUUCAACACCACCGAUACAAACCAUGGGACAUCAUUUGUCUCACAUUCACUGUGAAGAGUUCGCGAGAAAUGAAGGAGAGAAUCGCCAAACUUCUUGGUAGUGACACCGCGAAGCGAUUAGUCCUGGGUACAUUCCACUCGGUAUGCCGCCGAUAUCUUGUCACCUACGGCCAUCUCAUUGGCCUUCACAAGGGAUUCGGCAUUGCCGAUAGCUCGGACAGCACAGCCAUCAUCAAGAGGAUCAUCAAACGCUUAGGGCUCAAGAUUGAUGCUAAGAAGGCCCAGUCACGAAUCUCGAGCUGCAAAUCCAAGGGUCUACAUGGACCAGACCAGCAAGUUGGAAAGCAGAAAGGGGAACUGGCCCAACAGCUGCCACAGAAGAAGAAUGUGGAACAGCAGGAGUUUUCAAUUGUAUUCGAGGAAUAUCAGAGUCAACUGGCCAAAUCCAAUCUACUUGAUUACGAUGAUCUCUUGUUGAGCUGCGUUGACCUCCUCCGCCAAAAUCCUACAUGCGUUUCGAAUGUAGAGGUGGUGUUGAUCGACGAAUUUCAAGAUACAAAUGUGGUUCAAUUCGACUUGAUGAGGCUGUUUGCUGCAAAGAACAAGAGGGUCACUACAGUCGGUGAUCCAGAUCAGAGCAUAUAUGGAUGGAGGUCUGCAGAGAUCAAGAACCUGGAAAGAAUGCAACAGCAAUACCCUGGUAUGAUUACCAUCCACCUCAAAGACAACUAUAGAUCUUCAGGCGCGGUACUUUUGGCAGCGGACGAAGUAAUACAGCAAGACACGUCGCGACCUGCCAAAUCUCUACUGCCCACGCACUGCCCCGGCACUAUGCCCGUGCUGCGAAGACUACCAACCGCUGAGAUUGAGGCUUUGUGGAUCGUCUUCGAAUUACAAAGGAUGGCUGGACUGACUGGUCGUCUUCUCGCAUACUCGGACUUCGCUAUACUUCUUCGCACUGCUUCACUAUCACGCCAGGUCGAAUCAGCCAUGGGCAGAGCUGGAAUACCCUAUCGUAUGGUAGGAGGCAAGAAGUUCUUCGAUCGUCUAGAAGUCAAGAUUCUCCUCGACUACUUAAGGGUGGUCAGUCAGCCGAACAACAACGAUGCCAUUUCUCGCAUCAUCAACACACCUGCACGUGGCUUAGGUGCAACGACCGUGAAAGCGCUGCUAGAAGAGGCGGAGACCCGAAAAUUGGCCCUUUGGACACUGCUUCGAAAUUCUACACAAAACACUACCAGGACAAACUUGUCUAAAGCAGCGAAGCAAGGACUGGGCUCCUUUGUCAACCUCAUCCUGACCUCCAGAAACAAGAUCUUGGAUACGAGUAAUCCUGACUCGCCUAAGACCAUUUUGGGGUACAUAAUCGAGAAGCUCGACUUCCAAAAUUACCUGCAAAAGAGCCAUCCGGAUGAUUCUGAAGCUCGUUGGGCGAAUGUCGAAGAGCUUACUGCGCAAGCAUCCGAAUUUACGGUCUGCGAUGCAAACGAGUGGAAAGAAGACGAUGACCUCCCCAACAUUGAAGGCUUGGAACAACAGCGAGGUAAUGCAGCAGAAGAAGCAUUGGCCAAGUUUCUAGCCAACGUUGCGCUCGCAUCGGAGCUUCAGAAAGAGGAGGAAGACACGGAAGGGAAAGGAGCACUGCAGUCACAGGUCACCAUCUCCACUAUACACGCUGCGAAAGGCCUAGAGUGGCCCGUGGUCUUCGUGCCAUCCGCGUACGAGGGUUGCAUACCGCAUUCAAGAGCAGAAGAUACGGACGAGGAACGGAGGCUAUUGUACGUUGCAAUGACCCGAGCCCAAGCUUUGCUCUACAUCAGCUGUCCAAUGAAGAACUCUCAAAGGGAAGAAACGGCCAUGUCACCGUUCCUUUCAACCAAGCCGGUGACCAAUCUCCUGGUUAGCCAGGGCCCAACAAUAAACAGCAGCACUGUCAAUGACAUUGCGCGAAUACUAAGAAGGGACAGUCCAACUCAAGCCCAAAUCUCUGAGGCUUGUGAGACACUAAAAAGCGUGCACGAUAAUCUAUGGCCUCUCACUGGGGAAGAAGAGGUCAAGGCGACCGGCGCUAGACGGAGCAAAUGGGACUCCAACGAAUCCUCCGAGCAUCCAUACAAGCGAAGGAGGAUGCAGGACAGCGAACGCAGUGUUGUUGAAGGGAUGACAGCCUGCGCGAACCCACCUGUGGCGGGACAUAUUGGCAGUACAACCACAAUGCAGAGUAGCUCAACCUUUUCUUAUAACACGGGCUUCAUCUCAGCAGCGACGCAAUUACAACAUGUCGACGAACAUAAGAAGAUGGACACUAUGCCAAAUCGAGGUGCAAAGCCAUCGAAAGUACGCAAGGAAGAAGCGAAAUUGAACAGCAAAUCUAGCUUCGCACAAGGGGGAGGUCAAGGCAAUCUGAUGAGCUUCUUUGGAAUGAAGGCGGGAAAGCACGGGAGAAGCACACCAUCCGAUCAACUCGCGGAAGGAACACUGGGAAACCUAGUUGCAGGCCGCAAUCAUACUUCUGGUAACGUGACAGUCACAGGUCCCACAGCCACUACGAAUCAGGUCUUGGUCGGCCGUUUGGGCCCAACAUCAAGGACACCCAACUUACCGUUACCUGAAGCAUUAGCAACUCACCGACUGCAACCCCUCUCGAAUACAAAUCGACCGCGCCCUCUCAUCCACGAAGAAGAGCCUCUAAGGAAGAAACCCUAUGUCUUCCUGUCUAGCUCACCACCGCACAUUGAAGAGCUCGUGGAAGCAGCAGAAAAUCAAUGUGAACACCAAUCGCCCCCCAAAAUGAUAAGCAGGGUGGAAGACAGCGAGGUAGCACCCCGGCACACCGAUAUUGUGCCCUCCAGGACGUUUCACACCACGAGCAUUGCGCGACUACAGACAGAGGUGGCGCCAAGAAAGACUCUAGGAGUACGCAGAAGCAUGAAUGGAUGGUCGGCAGGCGGGAGUCAUGGCUUCUCAGUACCAAAGAUGAAUGGAUCGAAGCGCUAG